CGACGUUUGACACAUACCCAAGCUCCCAUCCCCAAUCGCCACUCCACAACGUCAAGGUGCGUUCCCGUCUACGAUUCCGAAGCCAUUGAGCCGCUCGACUCUUGUCUCCCGCCGCGCACGAACCGAAUUGACCUCGCGCAGAUGCUCUCCCGCGCCGCCGUCCGUACCACGACCUCUCUGGUCACCAAGCGAGGCUUCCAGACCACCCGCGCCCGCCUCUCCUCGCCCUACCACUACCCCGAGGGCGCCUACAGCAACAUCCCCUUCAACCCCCGCAGCAAGUGGUUCGGCGUUGGAUUCUGGACCUUCAUGGCCACCGGCUUCUUCGCUCCCUUCGGCAUUUCCGUCUGGCAGACCUACAAGCCUACCUAA